AUGAAACUACCAAUGAUAUUACUCGUGAUACCACCGUUCAAGGCAACAACUCUGAAGAAACAGAUCCACUAUUGGAUGAAAAAUACCACAAGUUCAACGGUUACAAUCGUAGAUGCUUUAUACUUCGGUGCAGUGACUUUAUCCACCGUUGGAUACGGAGACAUCAUUCCAGAUACCGCAGUUGCAAAAAUUAUCACAAGUGUUUUCAUUUUGUUGGGUUUUGUGGUGAGUUAUCGACUUAAUAAUGUGUUUGAACACAUUUGUGAUACAAUAGAGGCAUCGUUAGUGAGAAACAAGGAUAGCUGGAAUCCAACUCUAAAGGCGUGGAUGUUUGAUGACACAGAAAUUAGUAAGAGAGCUAAGUUUUGUAUUUGUGUGGUUGUUAUCAUCUUGUUAAUUGCUCUUGGAACAAUCACAACACACCGUAUCGAGAAGCUACAUUGGAUUGAUAGUUUUUAUUUUUCCGUUACUUCGGUUACGACGGUUGGUUACGGCGAAUUUUCAUUCAAAACAACGGGCGGGAAAUGGUGGGCAAUCAUCUGGAUUUUGAUAGGUACAACUACGGCUGCAAGUUGUUUAACGUACCUCAGUGAAUAUUACUUGCCAAGGAGAAGCGGUGAUAUGACGCAGUGGAUUCUGAAGAAGAAAAUAACGGCGUCUGAUUUAGCGGCAACAUGA